GCUGAAGUUCGGACGCAGCCGCUGCAGCCGGAGGCGACGCGGACUCAGAGGAUUCAGACUCCGGGUCUUUACACCGCGAGGGGAACUUGUGUCCUCAGAGGAGAAACUUUUUUACUCCUCUUCCUCUUUUCCUGCCGUCAUUCAGAAACACCGCAGCGCGCGGACUCACGUGUUUUCACCUUCAGCUUUUCACUGUGUUUCUAUCUCCGCUGCACGUUCCUCUCUCUCCUCGGUCGCUCGGUGAGUUUCCACGAACCCUCGGAAGGUUUCUGAAGUGUCCGGUGUUGCGGUGACACGCGCAUCUCUCCCCCCGCGUUACUAAAGGAACUUGAAGGAGGUGAAUUGCGUGUUUGUGCGGGAUGAGAAACGUGCGGGUCUGAGGAGAUCUCAUCUCUGCUGGGAAACAGUUGAAGAGUCUGAGCAUCUGUCUUCCUAAAAGAAAUUCAACCAAAAUGGAGAUUUUCUGGGUGUGCGUGUUUCUGAAGCUGCUCCUGAUGUCCGCUGCUGCCAGGGGCCCCCCCAGGGUGUCGGAGCGGGUGGCCCACCGUCAGAGCAUCCGCAUCGGCCGCACCAUGAAGCUGCCCUGUCCCGUGGAGGGCGACCCCCCGCCGCUCAUCAUGUGGACCAAAGACGGCCGCAACAUCCACAGCGGCUGGACGCGGUUCCGGGUGCUGCAGCACGGUCUGCGAAUUAAAGAGGUGGAGACGGAAGACGCAGGGACUUACAUCUGCAAGGCCAUCAACGGCUUUGGCAGCGUGAACAUCAACUACACGUUAAUCAUCAUAGAUGACUCCAGCUCGAGAGGUGGAGCAGGGAUGGCCAAUGGUGACGCCGAACACGCCCCGGAGCUUGCUGGGAAACUGGUGCGUCCACGUUUUACCCAGCCGGCAAAGAUGAGGAAGCGUGUCAUCGCUCGCCCGGUGGGCAGCUCAGUGCGUCUGAAGUGCACGGCCAGCGGUAACCCUCGGCCCGACAUCGUCUGGCUCAAGGACAGUCGGCCGCUGGCGGAAGAAGACGGCGGAAAAGACGGGAAGAAGAAGAGGUGGACUCUGAGUUUGAAGAACCUGACCCCAGAGCACAGCGGGAAAUACACCUGCCACGUCUCCAACAGAGCAGGAGAGAUCAACGCCACCUACAAAGUGGAAGUCAUACAGCGUACCAACUCUAAACCCAUCCUGACCGGCACUCACCCUGUCAACACCACCGUGGACUACGGAGGAACCACGUCUUUCCAGUGCAAAGUCCGCAGUGACGUCAAGCCGGUCAUCCAGUGGCUUAAAAGAGUCGAGCCCGGUGACGAGAACAAAUUCAACUCCACCAUAGAGGUUGGAGACCAUCGCUUUGUGGUCCUGCCGACAGGAGAGGUGUGGUCCCGCCCUGACGGGUCUUACCUCAACAAGCUGCUGAUAACCAGAGCCAAGGAGGAGGACGCUGGCAUGUACAUCUGCCUGGGAGCCAACACCAUGGGCUACAGCUUCAGGAGCGCUUACCUGACUGUGCUACCAGAUCUGAAGCCCCAAAUCAACUCUGUCCCCACGGCGACCUCCCCAGGCCUCCCCUGGCCCGUCAUUAUUGGAAUACCCGCAGGCGUCGCCUUCAUCUUAGGCACCGCCCUCCUCUGGUUCUGCCAAUCAAAACGCACCUGCUCCUCCUCCCCGUCUUCCUCCUCCGCUCUGCCCGCCGCCCAGCGUCUACCCGCGGCCAAUCGCGACAGAGCCUGCCCGACGCUGCCCGCUCAGCCGGCCAACGGGGAUAAAGAUUCCCUUUCGUACGAGGACUACGUCGCCCAUCAGCAGCUGCUCCAGGCUCAAGGGGGCGCCCCGGCGGCUCCCAAGGUCUACCCGAAGAUCUACACGGAUAUUCACACGCACACACAUUCGCACGUGGACGGCAAAGUGCACCAGCACCAGCACAUUCACUACCAGUGUUAGCAGCGAGGCUAUGGCAGCGAGCGUUGGGUGUUUUUCACCUUCAACUCUCACAUGAGCACGUUCCUGUGCAUGCAGACUCGGUCCCAACAGUCCACACUAACUGCUGACGUGCACGGAAAACCACAUGCAAAGAGACCGUGCGGAAGAAACACGGGAUCACGCAUUUCUUCCUCACUUUGCUGCAGCCGUGGACUCGAGACACAAACGAUGAAGAAUGUAAAGAGAGAACACAAAGUUCUUUAUUUUUGAACCACGUCAUCGCAGAGAGAAAACCCAAAGAACCUGUUUGAAUCAAGCCUCCUGUGGAAUAGAGCCUCCAGUGUAAAUGUAUAAAUCUCUCACCGUGUUGCUCAAAGGCCUCAUGAGGCGACAGUGAACUCACAGUUUUUACAGCAAACCAGCAAUUUAUCUGCCUCUGUUCUUUCAGUACAACCACAACCUCCUCAGUAUGAACACAGCUCACUGUUCACUACCAGCCUCCAAAUAUAGCUACUCGUGUAUAUAGUGGAAUAUGAUUAUACGGCUUUUUAGCAUGCUACGUCGUCCUGGAUAAUCUAUAAAGAACAUAUAGCAUGUGUGUAAUGUAAUAGCGUAACUUCAGAGUAUAUCGGCCCAACUGAGCCAUAAGAACCAGGACUGGAGACUGACUCCUCCGAGCCCGCACCUCCAGCAGAGAUCAGGCCCGCCGGGCUUUUCUUCAGGCCGACAGCUGUUCUCAUAAUUGUUCCAGCUUCUAUCUGCUGGAAAAGAGCUGAUAUCAAUCUCUCCACAGCUACGAUGAGAUUUCUGCUAAAACAGGGGACCUCCUCUCCCGACAGCGGUUGCGGAAGUAAUCAUUAGAUCUCUCCAGACUCUUGAUAAGUCCUUUCCGCCCCCUUUUUUUUACUUCCUGCAGAAUGGUGGCAUUUCCUGUUUGCAUUGUCUCCCUGUGCGGCUUGUGUUUGAUGCUUGCAGACUUGUGAGAGGGGUUGAAGGAUAUCGGCUCUCGUCGUGUCAUAGGCACAAAAAGGGAUCAUCGACGAGGCCUCGGUGUAAAAACGCUGCCUCCGGAGAAUUGCUUCCAGAUUUCACGGCUCACACUCGGCUCCGCGGAUAAAUCACAGGUCCUUGUUAAUCUGCUAUACGGUUUAGAGGGCUUGAAAAAAAGAAAAGCGACUUAAACUAUGUAACUCGAGGAUGAGACUUGCAACCGUCAACUCUUCAGGUCGAGCUGUUCUUCAGACUUCUGUUGACUGCUCCUUCUCACCUGCAGGGCCGUCUGUCAACCUGAUUAAUAACAUGGAAAAUGCCACUUAAAGAUACUUUAAGGGUAAAAUAAUGCAUUUCAACUGGUAACUGAAUGGAAAACCAAUAUCUGUAUCAUUACGCUGAGUGUCUCCACAUUUCAUAAACCUGUCUGGCACGUUUUUUAUUCAGUCGUCUGCAGAGUUGACGCUCACUUUACAAAUUUCCUUGAUAGAUUUGAAAUAAUAAGAUCUAAAAGUUUGGAUUUUUAUGGCUUUUCUGAUCACCAUGGUUUCAUAUUUACUGAAUGCCAAAGCUCCGACACUGCCAGAGGUUUUGUGUUCACUUAUUGAAAUACCUGAACCUCUCCCAAACUGAACUAACUCAGCUUGAUUGAUUUUUCCCUCCUUAAACGUUUAUUGCAACUUUUUUAAGAUGCAUUCUUCGACAUAUUGAAUUUUCCACUGCAGUGCCUUCAAUCACCCUGAUUAAUUAAAUUUAAAUGUUAUUAUCAACACCUUACAAAUACUUUAAAGGUAAAAUAAUGCAAUAUAACUGGUAACUGAAUUGACUUUCAGUUUUGUUCUCAUUACAUUUAGAGCCGUGGCAGCACCCACUGUGCGUAUACACAUUUAUAAACUCGUCUUUACCACUAAUUUCACAAACCUUAAGAAAACAAUGUUUGUAACAUGUGGAUUUUCUGCCUUUUCUAACUAUCUAAGUACAAUUUGAUCACCAAGUUCUCAUAUUUACUCCAGGCCAAGUGAGGAAUUCACUUAUUUGAACUAUCUACACCUCUCCAACUUUUGUUGCACAGUUAAAGGGGCUUUCUUUAAUGCAUUGAAUUUGGUAAACUGAGUUGGUCCCUGUUCCUCGUGGCCGAGUGUCCCGAGCAGAGGUCUGAUCUGCCAAACUGGAAACAUCUGGGUGUCUGAGCGCAGCCUUAAACGCGUCAGUGAGGUCAUGAGCAGCUGUGAGGACCAAAGAAAUGAGUGCACGAAGAUUAGAGGAUGUUUUACUGGUCAGUGAAAGCUCGAGGAGGAGAGGACAGAUAUUGUAUUUGAGAUGAUAAAUGGUAGUUGUUGGGACGUUUUGUUUGAAUCCGCCCGUUAUGAACUCGUUUAGAUUGACCAGAACCUCAGAUCACAAAUGAAAUCAUGAAAUCAUCUUUAAACAGAUUUGUUAGGAUCUGCACCAAAUUACUCACACUCAUAAAUAAAUAUAUAUUUUUCAUCAUGAUCCAUUAAUUAUUUGCUGGGAAAAAUGUCAAAAAACAUGAUGAAAAGUGAAAAACGUCCUUGAUGGAGGUUAACAAAUCAACCUCCUCAGUCCACAGCCAUCCACACCAGACUUGCUCUUUCUCAGGUGUCCAUCUCGUCGUUCCUGUGUGUUCAUGAAUCUGACCACUAAAUGAAAACUCUGUAAAACGAUACGCUGUGAUAAGAUUUAGCUCUCAGCUGUUUUACGUUACAGGUUUCUCUCUCACUCAGUGGUGAGGCAGCUGUGCAGAGACGUUUUAAUAAGAUAGAAAUGUAGAAAUCUACUGUAUAUAUGUGAAAUAUGAAAGAAGCUGUAGGCUUGUUAUGUAGUUUUAUAUAUUUGUACUGUAUUUAGUAAACAGCAGGCGUUCUUCAGGACGUCUGAAGUACAACAGUGAGAACUUUAAACAGCCAUGUGACAGGAAGUGAUUUAUUGAAAUCACUUGGUUGCACAUGGGGUCGUUUUCUUCAGCAUAUAUUUUUGCACAUAAAUCUUUAAACUCAAAUAGAGAAAUGUACAAGUGUAUGAAUAUGGACAAAUAAAUAUACGCCCAUUUUGUUAAAAUAAUACUCACAGGUACGGUUUGAAGUUGCCCUCAAGAAUAUUUGUUUGAUACCUGUGGAGUUCUCGAUGUGAUUGUACUGACAGAUAUGUUUUUUAUUAAUAGAGUAAAUGCAGCCCACAGAUAAUGUAGACAUCAUCUGUACGACAGGUAACAUUAACAGCAUCUCAAAUCUGAACCUAAGUCCUGCUCUCGUACUGAAAAGUCCACGCUCUUGAAUGAAGAUAAGAAUAAACCCAGAUGUUAUUGGAAGGAUGAAAACAUUUCUCCCGUCACUCAUUUCUUCCAUUGUUCUCAUUUCUCAUGUUCAAACCUGUGAGUUUGAUGUGUCAAAGCUAAGGGACUGCCAACAGACAGACUGUAUGUACGUGCACCUACCACUAGUAUGUACGUGAGACGGCAUUAAUGUGGAAAUUAAAAUAUCAGAUCAUUUAUAAUGUGAAUGUUUCAGACCAUAAAGUAGCUCGAGCAACACAACGGCCCAUGAAACAUUGUAAAUGCUAAAUUGUCUCAACAUUCAAAAAAGUUGUGCUUCUUUAAGUGUGCGUCUAAUUUAUUUUCUUCAAAACAUGUUUGUUAUUUUUCAUAUAAUUGGGCAUUAUACUGCAUGAGUGGAUUUUGUGUUAUAGUCAUAAUGUAAGCUAUGUAGCAAACGCCAUGUUCAUGUCAUUGUAAGAUACUGUAUUUAUAUAUGCCGACAGAAUAUACAAAAUUUUAUCGAUAAUCUUUGUAUCGACAAUCUUGUACAGUCCCAUCAUCAUCAUUUAGGAUAAAAAAUGAUUUUCUCCCUUUGUAAUCACGUUACUGGUGCCAUUAAAAAAAAA